AUGUAUUUCGUAGGAAAGAAAAAAAGCGAGAAAAAGGAGGAGCAAGUGCCUCCCUUGAGUUCUUUGAGAAUCAGCGAGGAACCUAGUACUUCUCAAGCUCAGCCGGUUACGCAACCCCCAGCUUCGACUCAACCUACAGCCGUAGAACCUGAAGAAGAAAACUUAGGCUUAGGCUUAGACGGUGGUUCAAAAAAACGAAGACCUCGUAAGAAAAAGGAACCCGCUACAGUUGCGAAAACAUCAAGUUCAGCAGAUAUACAGGCGCCGGAUGAUUCCAAGCCGGCACACCCUCAGCCCGCUGUUGUUCCACUUGAAACACGAGAUUUAAGUCAAAUGGCUUCUCCUACAGGGAUCAGUAGUGAGCCAUCUCAUGGCAAAGGAGGGCCUUCACAUCACCAACACGCACCUGGUCCACAGGAACAAUCCAGCGGCGGUUUCGAUCGCGGUCGCGGUCGCGGUCGCGGAACUGUAGCUCCUUUUGCAAAGGCCCCCGUUGUAGGUUCCCACCACCAACGUCAAGAAGGUAUGCCACAGUCACAAGGCUGGGGUCGCGGACUACCACCGCAGCCAGCUUGUGAACAAAAACCUUCAAUGCCUUGGGGACCGCCACCGCGAGGCUCUGGAGAUCAAUUUACACAGGCCACCGUUUUAGGUGCACAGGCACAAGUGGGCGCUGCAGCUCCACUAACACCAGCAGCUCCACAACAAUCCAGCGGUGGUCGCGGUCGCGGUCACGGUCCUGGUCCCGGUCCCGGUCCCGGUCGCGGUCCAGGUCAAAGAGAUGUAAUUCCACAAGCUACCCAUGCUCCAGUCGCUAUGACACCACAGCCAGCUUCCGCACGACCACCCAGUAAAGAAGAUGACAGGACGUCGCCGACUUUGUCAUUAAAUAAAAUGCCAGUAGCCAUACGCCGCCCAAGUGUUCCUGUUAGAAAUAUUGUUGUAUUGACAAAUUAUCUACCAAUGACGCUUCAAUUCAAAAAAAUCCAUCGUUACGACGUGGGAUUUAAACCGGAUAAACCAAAAAAAAUGAUACCACGCGUCUUCUGUAAAGCAAAAGCUGAACUUUUUCGGAACCAUACCCUUGCAUUCGAUCAAAUGAAAAAUUGUUACGCCAUUCAUCCGUUACCAGGAGUAAACGCUAAUACGCGUUUCGCUAAAGAGGUGGAGAUAUUAGAUGACAACGGGAAAGCUAUGAAAUUUGAGGUAUCUUUCAAAUAUACUGGACUUGUAGACUUGGACAGAAUCAACCAGUUUAUGACCUCUGGGGGUAGUUCAUUGAAUCCUCCCACUGAAGCAAUACAAUGCAUUGACGUGAUUUUGCGGCAGGGCACACUAGAGUCUUAUGUAAAGGCUGGAAGACAAUUUUUCAAACGUCCAUCUCGCCCAAUAGAUUUGGGUGAUGGAUUAGAAAUGUGGACCGGAUUGUUUCAGUCUGCUAUAUUUACAUCCACUGCGUUUAUUAACAUAGAUGUGGCUCACAAAGGAUUUCCGAAAAAGCAAAGCAUGAUCGAUGCCUUGACUAGAGAUUUUCGUUUGGAUCCUAGACAACCUUUGGAACAACAACGGAGAGAACAAAGAUCGGUCGAAAAUUUUCAUAAUUUCAUCAAAGGUUUGAGGGUUAAUGCAGUAAUUGCCGGCGACACGUCCAAUAGAGGUCAAAAACGUGAAUUCAUUUGUAACGGCGUAGUGGAUCCUCCCAAUAAACUAUACUUUACUAUGACGCAUCCAGAUGGUCGGCAACAGAAAAUGUCUGUUGCCGAUUAUUACCUGAAAGAGAAGAAAUGCAGACUUCAAUUUCCUAACCUCAAUUGCUUGUGGGUGGGCCCGAAAAAUAAAAAUAUUUAUUUCCCAAUGGAGUUACUGGAAGUCGUACCUGGACAGGCGCUGAGGAAGCAGCUCAAUGAAAUGCAGUUGUCGAAAAUGGUUCGUGAAGCAGCUACUCCACCAAAUAUACGUAUGCAGAAGAUCGAAGAUGUUAUAAAGGAUAUGAACUACGCCAGGAGUCCAUUAUUCAAGGAAUUUGGUUUAUCUAUCUCUGAAAAAUUUUUACAAGUUGAGGCUAAGGUACUGCAGCCUCCAAAAUUGAUGGUUGGGGCAGGAAGAACAGUUGAUCCCAGGAGGGGUGUCUGGCAAUCCAAUACUGUCCUGCAACCAGAGGUUCUUGGGUCAUGGGGUUUUAUAGCCAUUGAAGCCGACCCUCAACAAAGUAACUUCAAUGGCAUUAUUGACAUGAUUAUGCGUGUCGGUAAUCAAAUGGGAAUGAGAGUCUCGCCACCAAAAUGUACACACUUUAAUGUCCGGAUAAACGACCUUCUGAACAUUUUGUUUACGGCGUUAGAACGAGAUAUCAAUUUCUUGUUUAUUGUAGUCUCAAGAAGGGGUCGUGAUUAUUAUCAUAGAGUAAAGCGGUUGGCUGAACUUGAAGUUGGUAUAUUGACUCAAUGUAUUAAGGAAGAUACUGCUUCUAGGAGAAUGAAUGAUCAAACUGUUAGGAACAUACUGCUAAAGGUGAACGCCAAGUUAAUGGGUUUAAAUCAAGCAUUAGAUGGACGCAGUAUACCAGCGUGUCUCAAAGGCGCCCCAGUAAUGAUAGUUGGAGCUGAUGUCACACAUCCUUCCCCAGACCAGUCAAGUAUACCUAGUAUUGCAGCAGUCACUGCUUCAAUUGAUCAAAAAUGCUUCGUGUACAACAUUGAACUAUGUGUGCAGUCUCCCAAGAAAGAAAUAAUCGUGGAUUUCGAAGACAUGAUGGUUGAGCAUAUGCAAGUUUUUCGGAAGCGUCUGAAUGUAUUACCCAGAAAGAUAUAUGUAUUUCGUGAUGGUGUGUCAGAAGGGCAGUUUGAUCAGGUGAUUAACUACGAACUAUCAGCUGUAUACAAAGCAUAUCAAAGGUUGACUGGGAAAGCGGACAAACCUGAAGUGCUUUUCUUAUUAGUACAGAAGAGGCAUCAUACUAGAUUCUUCUCUCAUGCUGAGAAUGCUCAAAACGUUGAACCUGGUACUGUUGUUGACAAGCAUAUCGUGCACCCGAAGGAGCUCGACUUUUAUUUGGUGUCCCACCACGCUAUAAAGGGCACGGCCCGGCCGACGCGCUACCACGCCGUGUGCAAUGACGGCAGCAUCCCGCUGGACGAGGUGGAGCAGCUCACGUACUACCUGUGCCACUUGUACUCGCGCUGCACGCGUGCUGUCUCCUACCCCACGCCCACCUAUUACGCGCAUCUCGCCUGCCUGCGGGCCAAGUCGCUCACCUAUGGUGAUACAUUCAACAAUGAUGAGCUGGAGAGACGUCCCAAGAGAUUACACGUUUUGAAAAAAAUGCUUGAUUUCAGCCGAAUGUUUUUCGUGUAA